UAAUUAAAUCUUAAGAUGGAGGUUGAAAAUUCCAUUGAUGAUCAGUUCUCAAAGCUACACCCAACCUUGUCUUUGAACACUCGGAUCGCAAUUGUUGGAGCCGGUCCAAGCGGUUUAUCAGCUGCUUAUGCCCUUAUAAGGCUCGGCUAUGUCCAUGUGACACUUCUAGAGAAGAACCCCGAUGUAGGGGGUAUGUGCGAGUCUCUCAAUUUUCAAGGACGAGUAUAUGACUUGGGAGGACAAGUUCUAGCAGCGAAUAGUGGGCGUUGCGUAUUUCAUUUGGCAAAAGAAGUCGGGGCAAAAACGGAAGAGAUGGAUUCACAUAAGUUUGCCGUCAUUGAUAGCUCCACAGGAAAGUUUGAGGAUUUGAAGCUGGUUCAUGAUUACGUCUCCAUCAUUUCAUUGACUUUGAAGCUUCAAGAUGAAACAAAAAGCUCAGGCAGAGUUGGAAUACAUGCUCUGAGUGACCUAGCUUCCGAUCAAACUCCUCAAUUCCUCCACGCUCAUGGCUUCUCAUCGGUUCCCAAAUCCGUCUCCUAUGGAUAUACUGCUUCUGGCUAUGGAUAUGUACACGAUAUGCCCUAUGCUUAUGUCCAUGAGUUCACUAGAACUUCCAUGGCCGGAAAGGUCCGACGCUUCGUCGGAGGUUACGCCAGCCUUUGGAAUAAACUCAGCCAAUCCUUACCGAUCAACGUCCAUUGCAGUACGGAAGUUCUACGUGUCAAACGAGGAGGAACAACUAACAUCACCAUCGACUGUAGAGAUUGCCAAACAGGAGAAAUCCAAUCCAUGGAAUUUGAUCAACUCAUCAUUUCAGGUGCUUUCCCAUUUAACAAUCAGCAAACGUACAGAUCACCUGCUUCAACCCCCACAGAAAAUGGUUCUCAGCUAAUGGACAUGACCGAACUCGAGAUCGAAUUGUUCAGUAAAGUACAAACAAUUGAUUAUUACACAACCGUGCUGAAGAUAAACGGACUCGAGCACAUUCCAAUGGGGUUUUACUACUUUGGAGAGUUUAUGGAUGAUCCUGCCACCAUAGGAAAUCCUGUUGCCAUGCAGAGAUUCUAUGCAGACACAGACGUUUUUUUAUUCUGGUCUUAUGGUAACUCCGCCGACAUUAGCGGAUCAAAAGUCGCCGAACUUGCAAAGAACGCGGCUAAGCGGAUGGGGGGUGAAGUCGAGGAAGUGAUCUUACAACGUCGGUUUAAGUACUUUCCCCAUGUCAGCAGUCAAGAUAUGAAGGAAGGAUUCUAUGACAAACUAGAACAGCAAUUACAGGGACAAAACAACACUUACUAUGUAGGUGGACUCAUGGCGUUUGAACUAACAGAAAGAAAUUCAUCAUAUUCCAUGGCUCUCGUGUGCAAGCACUUUGCAAAUAACAACCCUUUUCCAAGUUUUCCUUAUAUCAAGAGAUUGUUCCCAAUGAUUAGGAAUAACCAUGAUUGGUUAUCUAAGCAAUUGGAUGAACUACCAGGAAUUGAGUUCCCAAAUCUUUCCUCUGUGGAUGGGUAUCUGAAACACUGGGGAACAUUCGAUCUUACUAAAAGAAAUACUUUAUAUUCUUGGAUUAAUGAUAAAGGAGAAAUAGUAUGCAAGAGAACUUACAUGGAGCUUCAUGCAAAUGCAUCUUACAUUGCUUCCAAGAUCUUAAUGAGCCAAAAGCCUGUUAUCAAAUCUGGAGAUCGGGUUCUUUUGAUAUAUAUGCCGGGACUUGACUUCAUUGAUGCAUUUUUUGGGUGCCUUAGAGCUAGAGUCAUACCAGUACCGGCUAUUCCUCCUGAUCCAAUGCAAAGAGGGGGACAAGCUCUUCUCCAUAUUGAGAAUAUUGCCAAAGAAUGCAAUGCAGUCGCCAUUCUGUCGACUUUUAGCUAUCAUACAUCAGUUCGAGCAGCUUCAUUUAAGAACACCAUAUUAAUGGCAGGGAGGGGUAAGUGCUCCCCUCAUUGGCUUACUUUGCCGUGGUUACAUACUGACUCUUGGAUCAAGAAUUCCAAAAGUGACUCAAACAGAUGCGUUGUGGUUAUGAAUGAACUGCUUGAGCCAUUGCCAAACGAUCUGUGCUUUCUCCAGUUCACAUCAGGUUCAACUGGUGACGCAAAAGGUGUUGUGAUAACACAUGGUGGUCUUAUUCAUAACGUGAAGUUGAUGAGGAAGAGCUAUAGAAGCACAUCAAGGACCGUGCUAGUGAGCUGGUUACCUCAGUAUCAUGACAUGGGUUUAAUUGGAGGACUCUUUACAGCUCUGGUCAGUGGUGGAUCUUCAAUACUCUUUUCUCCAAUGACAUUCAUCAAGAAUCCAUUACUUUGGCUACAUGCCAUGAGCAAAUAUAGGGCGACACAUAGUGCAGGCCCCAAUUUUGCUUUUGAACUCAUCGUUCGAAGACUUGAGUCAGCAGCCAAAGAUAAACAGCUCAGUUUUGAUCUCUCCUCCAUGGCUUUCCUUAUGGUUGCGGCAGAACCAAUAAGGGUCAAAACCUUGAAAAGGUUCAUUGAGUUGACUCAGCCUUUAGGUCUUUGUCAAGAAGUAAUAGCUCCCGGUUAUGGCUUGGCUGAGAACUGCGUAUAUGUGAGUAGUGCAUUUGGAGAAGGAAAGCCAAUAUAUCAAGACUGGCAAAGAAGGAUCUGUUGUGGAUAUGUAAAUUCAAAUGACCCAGAUGUGGAUAUUCGUAUUGUUGAUUCGGAAACAGGAAAUGAACACAAAGAGGCUGGAAAAGAAGGUGAAAUUUGGAUUUGUAGUCCAAGUGCAGGAAUUGGGUAUUGGGGCAGGGAAGAUAUCAGUAAGAAAAUUUUCAGAAAUGAGCUUCAAGAGCAACAUGGGAGAAAGUACACUAGAACUGGCGAUCUAGGAUGGGUUAUCGAUGGUAAACUAUUUGUAACUGGUAGAAUAAAGGAUCUCGUGAUUGUUGGGGGCAGAAAUAUUUACCCAUCAGACGUAGAGAAAACCGUUGAGAAUUCGUCUGAAUUUCUCCGUCCUGGCUGUUGUGCAGUAAUUGGAGUUCCAGAGGAAAUUCUCUUAGCAAAAGGCUUAUCCCAUCCUGAGAAUUCCGAUACUGUUGGGUUGGUUGUUAUUGCAGAAGUUAGAGAAGAAAAGCCCGUCCCAAGAGAAGUUAUCGAACGCAUUCAUGCUCAUGUUGCAGAAGAACAUGGCGUCACAAUUGCUUCCAUAGUGUUGGUUAAACCAAGAACCAUUUCUAAAACUACCUCAGGGAAAAUCAAGAGGUUUGAGUGUCUCAAUAAUUUUACUAAAGGAACAUUGAGUGUGAUACAACAACCGAGUCUUCAAGAAUUGCCUGUUCACAUUACUAGACAAGGAUCCAAAACUCCCACAACUGGCAAUAUUCACAAGAAAGAAAUCAUUGAUUUCUUGAAGGGACUUCUUUUUGAGCAGACGAGUAUUCCGGUUUCCAACAUUUCUAUAACCGAGAGUCUAGUAUCGUACGGGAUCGAUUCUAUCGGUGUGGUUCGAGCAGCUCAGAAGCUCUCUGUGUUUCUUGGAGUACCUGUCGGUGCUAUUGACAUCUUUACGGCAACCUGCAUUGAGGAUCUAGCCUGUUUUGCAGAAGCACUUCUAAAGAAGUCUAGACCUCAUUUUGAAAGCCAACUGUCAUCAAUUCCCGAGGUCAAGGGAAGCAUAACCUCGGAAGCCACAUUUUCCCGAAAGUUAGUGAUAUGGUUUCUUCAACUUCUGGCAUUGACAUACAUUUCCUUGAUAUUGAUGUUUCCUGCAUAUCUAUCAAUUUCCACCUUUACAUCCAUGAUAUCAUAUUCCAGCAUAUUCACUAGUAGAAUUACAUGGCUUGAUUACUUCAUUCCUGUGGCGUUUGCUCCACUUGCGUGGAUAAUGUGCAUAAUCUACACAUCCAUAUCUAUUUCUUUAUUCGGGAGUUCAUUCCUACAACCAAAUUACACCCAAGAUCCAGAAGUUACCAUUUGGUCCGUCAAAUUUGUUAAGUGGUGGGCGCUUUACAAGGUUCAAGAUAUUAGCUCAAAAGUUCUAGCUGUUCAUUUAAGAGGAACGGUUUUCCUGAAAUAUUGGUUUGAGAUGCUUGGAGCUAACAUUGGAUCCUCAGUUUUGCUAGACACUGUUGACAUCACAGACCCAUCUCUGGUUUCCAUUGGGGAUGGAGCUGUAAUUGCUGAAGGAGCUCUAAUUCAAGGCCACCAGGUUAAAAAUGGAGUAUUGAGUUUCCACCCAAUCAGAAUUGGCCAAAAUUCAUCAGUGGGCCCUUAUGCUGUUAUUCGACAAGGAAGCAUUGUAGGAGACAGAGCUGAGGUACUCCCUCUACAGACUAUGUCUAGUCCUGUUGUGCCCAAUAUAGUUGAAAAUGGAGGAAUGAUAAAAACUGAAGUAGACAUGAUUGAUGAGAGUCAUGUAAUUGCUUACCAUUUCAUCGGGAUCUAUAUAAUCCCUUUCCUCAGCACGUUAUCUGCAGCAAUCACAUACUUCCUGUAUUUAUGGCUAUUUAAGGAACCAUUUUCUCUGGAAUACUUUGGCCCUGUAUGUUUGAUUGGAGCCUUUCACUGGCUUCCAUUUGGUAUCGUGUCAUACGGAACUUUGGUGAAGAAUCCCCCAUCCAGUGCAAUUAACUUUGCCGUGGGCCUAUCUGUUUCUUACUUUGUUCAUGGCCUCCUCCUUAGUUUCCUCACCAGCUUUCUAAGUUUUAUUUUAGCCAAAUCACAAAGAAAGAAGAGGAAUAGUGUUGCUAAUUGGCUUAGAAACAGAAUUAUCAUUGCAUGUCACCAAAAAUUUGGCAAGUUCCUCUCCGGUACAGAAGCUUUUUGCUUCUACCUUCGUCUUUUUGGGGCGAAAAUUGGCCAACACUGUUCUAUUAGAGCCAUCAACCCGGUUUCUAAUCCAGAACUGAUCUCAAUCGGAGACGGUGUCCACCUAGGUGAUUUUAGUCGAAUUAUUCCAGGAUUCUAUUCUUCUAAUGGAUUUGUGUAUGGAAAAAUUGACGUGCAGACUAACUCAGUUGUUGGAAGUCAAGGAACAAUCAUGCCCGGUUCUGUUAUUCAGAACGAUGUCAUACUAGGCGCACUUUCGAUUGCUCCUAUAAACUCUCGGCUUCUAGAAGGUGGCGUUUUCGUUGGUUCCAAAACUCCGGUCAUGGUGAAGAACAUCAUGCACACUUUGGACGAAAGAAUAGAGGAGAUGGACAUGAAGUAUAAGAAGGUUCUUGGAAAUCUAGCUGCAAAUUUAGCCUCGACAACUCUCAAGGUCAAGUCGAGGUAUUUCCAUAGAAUCGGUGCUGCUGGAAAGGGUGUUCUAAAGAUUUUCCCAAACAUCCCAGGUUUACCAGAUCAUAAAAUCUUUAGCCCAGGAAAGAACUAUCCCGUUGUUAUCAGACACAGUAACUGCCUCAGUUCAGACGACGAUGCAAGACUAGAUCCACGCGGUGCAGCUAUCAGGAUUCUUUCAACAGACGAAAUGGGUCAUCAAAAUCCAAUUCUCGAUUUGACUCUAAAAACUGGAAAGGCGUUUCACGCUCGUACAAUAGGGGAUUUCGCGACGUGGCUCGUAUGCGGAGCGUCUGCACGAGAAGAGCAUGUAAAACACGCUCCACAUGUCCGGGAAGCAAUGUGGGAUUCCCUCCGACGAGCCGAUUCAUACGCCGAUCUGCAUUAUUACUCCAACAUUUGCAGACUGUUUAGGUUCGAGACUGAACGGGAAAUGUACGUCAAAUUCAAGAUAAGACCUUUCGAUGAAACUAUCGGCGAGGACUCCGGUAAGGUAGAACCGAGAGGAGUGCUACCUCCAGAAACAGGCGCAAUUCCUAGAGACAAGAACGACACUCGUCCGCUUCUUUUUCUGGACGAGGAUUUCCGUCGUCGUGUCGAGUCUCCUGAAAAAGUGCGGUUCAUCCUCCAACUGCAAAUCCGGGAUGUCCCUGAGGAGGAAAAGGAUCGCGAAAUUGCACUCGACUGCACUAAACCAUGGGAUGAAUCUGAAUUUCCGUAUAUUGAAGUUGGAGAGAUCACUCUCGAUCAAACACUAACGAAAGAAGAAUCGGAUCAGUUGGAAUUCAAUCCUUUUCUCCGUUGUCACGAACUCGAUAUCAUCAGGGCUAAUUCCUGCAACCAGAGUGCUUCUAUGGAUCACGGAAGGUCGCUGGUGUACGCGAUCUGCCAACACUUACGCAACAGGAAGCCCAUUCCAGAGUCAUGGAAGAUCUUCUUGGAUCAAUCAGACGUUAAACUCGACCUUUCUGGGUGUCCUAUGAUGGCUGCUGCUGCUGCGACAUUUGUGAAAAACAAGAUAACGCUAGCAAGAACCGGGUGGGAAACGUUAUGGUCAAUUUCCAUUCAGCCUUUAAUGCAAACAAUAGUCCCUUAUCUUGUUAUGGGUCUAGUAAUGUUCUACCCUUUAAAAUGGGUAAUUUACAUGAAAAAGGAAGAGGAGAAUGUCCCUUUACAAUUGGUGAUCCUGGCUAUGUUUUGGGUAAGCUCGGGGGUUUUAGCUUCAAUAGGAUGCGUAUUAGCGAAAUGGGUUUUGGUGGGUAGAAACAGAGAUGGACAAACGCUGAUGAUCUGGAGCAAGAGAAUCCAAAUGGAUACAGUAUGGCAGGCAACGAGGACGCUAGUAGGGGAAUAUUUCAUGGAAAUGACGAGUGGGUCUUUCUUGUUUGGGAUAUGGAUGAAGACGAUGGGUUCAAAGAUAGGGUGGGAAGAAGGGGCAUUCGUGGAUAGCAUGGGAGCUUUGUUGAACCCAGAAAUGGUGGAAGUUGGUGCAAAAGGGUCGGUUGAAAGAGAAGCUUUGUUGUUUGGUCAUAUAUAUGAAGGUGAAAGUGGGAAAGUAAAGUAUGGAAGAAUUAGGGUUGAGAAAGGUGGGUUUGUUGGGACGAGAGCCGUUUGUAUGCCUGGAGUCACUAUUCAAUCAGGUGCUUCUCUUUCCCCUCUUUCCCUGGCUAUGAAGGGAGAGAUCGUUACUUAAUUCCAUAAUAUAUAUGUUAUAAAUAAUCCAUGUCAAACUCAAAUAUGAGCUUUAGUAACCAUUUAGCUAUGAAUCUUAAUUCCUUGAUAUAU